UUCAGAAUGCCCACGGUAGGUCUUUGACUGGAGUUUGUCUAUGUGUUGUCAUUACGUCACAAAGACUGAUUGCCGUGUCAUAAAUUUGCCAUAGCGCGAGUAUAAAAUGGUCUGGAAUUUGACAUCGAUUCAUAAUUGGAUUUGUGAUUGAGGUGACCACUACAGUAUAUAAAGAUGCUUUGCUGUCCUUGUAUUCCUCUGAGGAAGAGGAAGAAAGUCCAGGCAGAGCAAUGCUUGGAGAGGAGGCCUUGUCACUGGCUGAGGAGAUUGUUUAGAAAAGACAAGACUGGGGAUGCUGGUAUACCUGCGAUCCUGGAGCCAAGCCCUGUGUCAGGGGGGGUCCCUCAGAUCUCCAGCACAGUAAAGGAGGUCCCCAGCCCGGACACCCCAAAAGGCUGUGACCCCCUGGACCAGUCAACGGUCCAACUCGUGGAGGAGAGCCGGUCCCCAUCAAGGGGCCGUAAAAAGAGGGCCAGGUCAGCCCCUGUGGCCCUCCUCAUUGCCCCGGAGGCCCCAGAGAGUAGGGCCAGGACACCCCCUGUGGCCCUUCUCAUUGCCCCGGAGGCCCCAGAGAGUAGGGCCAGGACACCCCCUGUGACCCUGCUCAUUGCCCCGGAGGCCCCAGAGAGUAGGGCCAGGACACCCCCUGUGACCCUGCUCAUUGCCCCGGAGGCCCCAGAGAGAAAGCCGCAUGUUCUCCCGGCCCAGCAGUUGAAGUGCAGGGGGCUGCCUAACCUCGGACAGACCUGCUAUAUUAACUCCACCCUGCAGUGUCUGUUCGCUCUGCAGCCCCUCUGCAUCCAGCUGCUCCUGCAGGAGGAGACAUGGAGGCAGGAGCCCUCAGCACUGCUCCUCAGCUCCUUUGUGGGUCUCUGGUGCCUGAGGGCAUCCACGGACAGGGAGCUGAAGGCGGCAGUGCUGAUGGAGCUGAAGGACUGCAUCGCCCUGCGCAACCAAGAAUUCAAGGGGAACUCACAGAACGACGCCCAUGAGUUCCUCUCGGAGUGUCUUUUGGGCCUCAAGGACAUUGGGCACACCCUCCAGAUGGGGGAUGUGUCCUAUCAGUGCCCAGUGGACACUCUGCUCUCCUUCCAGCUCCAGCACAUAAGAUCUUGCAGGAGCUGUGGAGUUGAGAGCAGGAGGGAGGAGAUCUCCACCUACCUCUCCCUCCAAAUGGUUGCGCAGGGCACAGUCCAAAACAGCCUGGAGCUUUACUUCAACGAAUCAGAAGUUGAGUACAAGUGCGAGCGGUGUGGGGGUCAGGUGUCGAGCCUGAGGUGUAGUUUCUACACACUACCUCAGGUUCUCAUUUUACACCUGAAGAGGUUUUGCCCCUUCACCCUCACCAAAAGCAUGGCACCGCUUCAGCUGGAGACAGAGCUCCAGAUCAAACAAAGGACUGAGGACAUUGCAGGAAGGUGUGGCGAGUCCCCUCAGGUUCCGGCCCCCAGUGCAGGAUCAGGCUGCUGCCCUGCAGCCCCCUCUGUUCUAGAGGGGGCGUCUUCCUCUAAAGGCAAGUCUCCUCUCUGCUCACAGUGGACGCUGUGUCACACACGUCGAACCAAUGAACUUGCGUGUGUCCCUGUGCCUCAACUCGCAGAACCAUUGCUAACAACAACACCAAGGUUAUGGGUCUGA